GUAUUAUUGUGUGUGUGUGUGUAUGAGUGUGCUUCGCGAAAUCGAGUGAUCACAUCGCUGAUGACGAUUUACGCCGCCUCUUUGCGGCGCGGCAAUGCCUGUGAUCUGUAUACAUUGUACGUGUGUGUGUGUGUGUAUUUGUGUGUCUACGUAAUUUUCAUGUGAAGUAAAUUGAUGUGUGCGAUUCUGGACAGCUAAACACUGUGCCAGGAAGUUACAAAGGGUGGAGAUAUCGCCUAAAAUGGCAAAAAAAUCGUCUAAAAAAGGACAAGGAAAUUAUAUUCAACCCUCAAGUAUGUCUCAGGAGACUCAGCCAUCCCCUCUUGCUCUCCUCGCCGCUACCUGUAGUAAGAUCGGUACACCUGCUGAUGGACAGGCUGGUGCUAUCAACCAAGGGCAAACUGUGACAGUCUUGGGACAAAACCAGGGGCAAGCAGUCCAAAUUCCUGGGGGUAUAAUCAAUGCAGCAAACGCCCAGCAGAUACAACAAGCACUUGGCCUUCCCCCUGGAUUUCCAAUUCAACUUGCCACAGUGGCGCAGCAAGGUACUUCAGCUGGGGGCCCGAUGUACAUUGAGGUUGCUGGAGGUUCAACAAACAUUCCAGCUUCAUCUGUUACUAGUGCAGGAGCCACUCCAACUAAAACUCUCAAUGCAGCUAACAUCUUAAAUCUGAACCAGCAACAGGGUCCAGCAACAGGUGGACAGCAGAUUGUUACAAACGGGAAUGUGCAGUACAGUAUUGUUCCACAAUUGCAAAUUGAUCAGGAUGGGAAUCUGAUUACGACUCAUGUUGCUACCCCGGUCAGUGCAAGCCAAGCCCAACCUCAAGCAGCCCAAACGGUUGUAAAACAAUCGCAAGCUGCAACGUCCCGAUCGACAAAUGUGGCUGGAAGCAAUGUUGCACAGAUUGCUAUGUCAGGGGUACAGUUUGGACAGAUUAUCCAGGCAGUUGCUCCACAACCAGCACCAACUCAGCAACCCUUCGUCCUUGGGCCUGGCUCUCAAACCAUCACCCUGCAGCUUGCUCCGAAUACAGUCAUGUCGAAUGCCACUUCACAAGAUCAAACUGUUGUCACGCCGGUUUACAACAUCAUCAGCUCCACCCCGCAACAGGGCAACUCGGACAACACGGCCCAAACUUCACAACUUCAGAUUCAAGAGCAGCUUCAAACUGCCCAAAUCAUCUCAAACAGUGGUCAAAUUCAAGGAGCAAAUACAGGCAACAGUAACCAGGCAACAUUUGUGCAACUUGCCGGUAAACCAGGACAAGUUUUAUUGCAGCAACCAACAGGACAGGUACAACAAAUACAAGUUAGUGGCCUCCAGAUACCAAAUACCAAUGUCCAGACUGCACAGAUCAGACAGCAAGGUGGCAAGGUUGUGGCAUCAGUUGUCCCACAACAGGUACAACAAGUACAGCAACAACAGCAGCAGCAGCAUUCAACAUCGCAAGUUGUCUCACAGACGGUUCAACAGCAGCCACAGGCACAAGUCAUACAGAUCCAUCAACCUAUCCAAGGGCAAGCGGGUACGUCGGUGCAGCCGACUCAAAUCUCAUUACAGCAACAACCCGGAACUGGUUACUACACCAUACAACAGCCCCAACAAGCCCAAGCCUUAACUCUACCAGUCAAUGUUGCAGGUGGCCAGGGCUCGGUCCAAACCAUCACCUUGCCCAUUCAAGGCAACCAGCUCCAAGGUGGUGGCAGCAUCACGAUACCCCAGAACAUCUUGCAAAGCAUUCAGCAACUCAACGGCAAUGGCGGACAGAUCAUGCAAAGUCCAAUUCUGCUGAAGACACCACAACAAUCCCAGGUACAGACCGUCCAUCUGCAACAUGGCGGUGCGUCGGUUGCAGCACCAAUCUCCUCCAGUGGUCAGGUUCAGCAACAAGUCAUCGCCACGGAUGUUACUUCAGCAAUAUCAACGGCUAACAACAGUACCAUUGCAGGCCUUCCUAAUUACAACGUCCAUCUGGCACCACUCAGCCCUGGACCGGGACCAGCUGGAAGCUCUGCAUCUGUGAAUACAUCAGUGGCAGUAACCCAGCAACAGAUGACCCAACAACAACAACAACAGCAGCAGCAGCAACAGAUGAGCCAGGCAUUGGUUAUCAAGGCGGAGAAGCCACAACAGCAGCCUCAAUGGCAGGGGGUGAUCCAGACAGACGCAUCGGGUGCCCAAGGCACGGUGACGACCAUCUCCACCAACGGUACCAACUACCCACCUACCAUGGCCAGUUACGAGCUUCAGAUUGCAGAGCAGAACCCAGUCCCAAUGCCCAAAGAUCCCCCAAAGAAGGUCAGGCGAUUGGCCUGUACCUGCCCAAACUGCAAGGAUGGUGAAGGAAGGAAUUCUGAAAAGGGUAAAAAGCAGCAUAUCUGUCACAUCCCUGAAUGCGGUAAGGUCUAUGGCAAGACAUCGCAUCUAAGGGCACACUUACGAUGGCAUACCGGUGAGAGGCCGUUUGUCUGUGAUUGGCUCUUCUGUGGAAAGCGUUUCACACGUUCCGAUGAGCUCCAGAGACAUAGACGCACACAUACAGGUGAAAAGAAAUUUGAGUGCAGCAGCUGCGGGAAGAAGUUCAUGCGAAGCGAUCAUCUGGCCAAACACCAACGCACUCACAUCAGAAAACCAGGGACAGUCACUAUGAAGGUACAAUCCGGGAGUGGUGACGCCCCCCUCCAGGUGGACCUUGCGCAGGGUGUUCAAGAAUUCGAAGAGGAGCUGGAGGAAGUCAAUCAAGAUUCUCAGGGUGAUGUUGUGGUUCAAGGAGCAACGGUCCAGGUCCAAGAGGUUGUGUACGUACAGUGAUUGUAAGGGGUGACUGGGAGUUGUGUUGCCUCCUUCAGGUCGACCUUGCACAGUUUGUGCAGGACUUUGAGAAGCUAGACGAAGCUUUCAAGAUCCUCAGAUGAGGUUGUGGUCCAGAGAGCAACAGUCGAAGAGGUUGUGUACGUACAGUGAUUGUAAGGGUUGUCUGGGAGUUGUGAUGCCUCCUUCAGGUGGACCUUGCACAGUCUGUGCAGGACUUUGAGGAGGAGCUGGAGGAAGUUUCUCGAGAUCCUCAGGAUGAGGUUGUGGUCCAGAGAGCAGCCGUUAAAGAGGUUGAGUAUGUGCAGUGAAUUGGGGUGUCCCCUAGCGAUUCCAAUGGACAUUGCUUAGGGUCUAUAGGAGUUUUAGAAAGAACUAGAGGAAACUGAAAAAUUCCAAGCAUGAGGUUAUGCUCCAUAAAAGCAGUUCGAGGUAAAUGAGCAUGAAUUUACUAGUCAAACAUUCGUAAUUGAGAUCUGAUGUAACAAAUUAAAAAUAAAAAUAAAAGCUUUCACAAGCUGCAGCUCAUAAUCUAGGCUGCUUCUGCAACUAAUACCUUUGUGUUUACAAGUCUGAUGCUGUGUCACAAAAUGAUGCAGCAAAAGUACAUGUACAAACACUCCCCUCUUGCUUUAGUCAUAUUCCUUUUUAUUUAGGAGUGCCGCUGUCAUUCGUACAAUAAAUCACACCACAUCAUAGUCUAAAAAGAGAACAAUGAUUAAAGCAAGACCAGACGGUAUAGGUGGCAGUUGCUUUCCACCCACUCUUCUCUUGCUGCAUCAGACACUUUGCUCAUGUUUUAAGCAUGACGGGAUACAUCUCGCUGCAGCCUGUGCUUGGGUUAAAGGCCUAAAGAGAGGGGCUUAUGGAUAUCUGGAUUCUUGUUUUUGACAAUCAUCUAACUCAGACGAGGUCAGCUCCUUUAAGUUUAAUUGUUCUCUCUGUGUUUGAUAGAGAAUACCUGUUAUCUAUUAAAAAAAUAUAAAAAACUCUGAAGAGGUGCCACUGGAGAUAGGAUGCAUUCAGAUGGAUAUUAAUUAAUAAGUAUUUUGUACUGCAAAUCGGGAAAUGGCAUUAAAAACAGAAGGACUGAUGCUUUUCGACAUGCACUCUUUGGAGUAAAAUCGUAUGAAUGAACAGACGCUACAACAAAACAAUAUAUCAAUCCGAAAUCGUCAAACUAGCAUGUUUACAAUCUCCGUGCACAUGCACAAAAUCCAGCGUUCGUACUGCGACGGAUGGUGGAAGUUCGGCCAUUGCUUACCGAGCAAACAAGCGUUCAAUGAACAAGACUGUUCAUCUUGGUUUAAGGUACUCUGCCGAGCAACGAGUUUCUCUCAUCUGCUUGUGCUGGAAGCAGCAUAUAAAUCAUCUUACCACAUCUUGUGCUUCCAGGAGGAGUUAGUAAGAAUCCUUGUGUUAUUUUAAUUACUAAUGCUUUAAUUAACGGCUGUUUACUAAGCUUAAUUUGUUAUUCUUGUCAGCCAAUCAUAGCUUGGAUGUUGUUUGAAGGUUUGCAUGGUGGCAUGUACAAUCGCUGAUGUGGUUUUCGUUUACGGUACACCAUGUGGAGUGUUAUAGAAACAGUGGGUAGAAGAAGAGAAGAAAUGGAUAGGCGAGAAAGUGGAGAUUUGAGAGUAGAGUUUUCUUUCUUGAAAGUAGUCCUGAAAAGGACUGUAAACCAGGAAAGAUUGAUGAGUUGAGAACAGCUUGAGUAGUAGAGCUGAUGAGGAGAUGCUGGCUUGAGUCGGCGAGUAGAGAUGAUGAGUAGUAGAGAGACUCGACGUUUCGGACAGGUUGACUGUCCGUCUUUAGGAGUAGCUUGUUUAGCAUCCGUUGUCUUUUUCGGUUUUAUUGCACACGUACAUGUAUGUCGUUUCGUUCUCGCGUUUUCUUCAUGCAAUUUUAGUCUGAGUGCAUGUCGAAAAGCUUCAGUAUGUCCGUUGUUUUUAUUGCUAUUUUAAUAUUAAUUAUAAUGAUGUAGGGUAUUCAUACGGUACACUAUUCACCUUGUUGUGUAGGCAAACAAUUUUGGUGCUCGCAGGUCUUUGGAGCAAUGCCUUAUUGCCGGUACCCAUUUCAUUUACCUCAUCUGGAUUGAUUGCAACAAAAGUAUAGAUAAAAUCCAUGCCUUCUGGGGGAUUCACCGAGGACAAAUUUGCUUAAAGAUUAAGGGAACAGUAAUCGUUUUAAAACUGAAAUCUGAAAACCAGUCCUUGCAUUUUUAUAUGUGUCUUAGUUAUCUUUUGUUUAAAAAAAAAAAGAGAAUUAUCUAUAGUUAUGGUAUUGACUUUUGAUUAAUGUACUCUUCAGAAUCGUUCCUGUUUAUGUAUUACCCAAUCAUAGUCUGGCUGGGAUGCCAUGUUAAUUUUACUUAAUUCUCAGCAGUAACACAUUUCUACCAGAAUAUUAUUUGGUACCUAUCUGUUUAUACAUACAAGCAAGUGGUGGUAAUUUUAUUGCAUUCUGCUUGAACUCGUUUUGAGAAAUGUUACCACAAAAGGCAGUUAAACAUUUCCAUGGAUUCAGUGAUUGGCAUUGCACUGAUUGCAUGCAUUUACACAACUUGUUUCAUUAAAUGCACAACUCGUGCUCUUCUUGAUCUGGGAGUAGUUGCAGAUGAUUUAGCAGUGGAUGACACAAUGAUUUAUAACGGUUUGAUGCACAGGUUUUUGUCUAUUUGCAUAGCAGGACGAGACCAGAGGUGCCGCUUUUCUGACGGCGGUGGACGUUGUCAACAUUGAAAUCUCAACCAAGCUUAAGUUGUUGUUUUUAUGUCAUAACUUAGAGAGUGCAUGGACCCUUUUCAUGAAAAUUGAACAUAAGGGUAAUCAAGUAUUACUGAACAUUCUCUCCGAGUUUCAGGUCACAUGACCAAGGUCAAAGGUCAUUGAAUUUAGACCAUGUUUUUGAUACGACAUGACUUUGAAAGUAAAUAGAUCUACAUGUAGUUCAUUAAACUUGGACAUAAGUAUCAACCUGAACCCUAUUCCUGCCACUUCUUAUUACUAGUAUUUUUUCUCCAACAUAUCUGCCUGUUGGCACUCAUGUAACCACUGUAUAUAUUGCAAACCUUAGAUACUAAAACUUGCUCGAUUUCAGUCAUUUGUAAUUUAUCUUUCAUUUCCUUCUACUGCAAAUCCACGAUUGCCCUUCUCUGCUGUUUUUAAUUCAGAACUUGUAUUGUCUUACCCCUCAAUUUUAUCAGUUUUAGAAUAAAAUUAUAAUAUACAUUUUUAAUGUAAGAGUUGGAUAUAUUAUGGAAAUUUCAAAUCACUAUGUGUGUAUGUUUUAAUCAAUACUUUAUUUGAGUAAAGUUUCCUUUGUGCUUUUUCAUUGAAAACCUGAAAUUUCUACAUUUUUCACAUGAGAUCUACAUUGUAUUUGUAUAUAUUUACUUGUAUAUUUCAAGUUUACAGCAAUUUGAAUUUAAUUGCUUACAUUGUGUACAUGAAGAUAUUAUACUUUACUUUGUACAUUUUUUUGUAAUUUUCAAUCUACAUGUAUAUUUGCACUUGAGAUACAAGCACUAUCAUAAGCAUAAUGUACAGUACAAGCUUUGUACAAGUUUUGCUUAAAAUUUAUUAUGAAAUAAAAGCCACAUAUUUUGCCAUUUAA